AUGCUUUCCAGGGCUAACAUGCCUCCCAUUCCGUUUAAUCUGUGUCCAAUGUACCCGCAGCGGAAUCUCUACGGAGGGAACCACAACCUCAACGGAAACGCCACCAUGUCGCACUACUCUACUGGGCACCCAGGUGUUCAGUAUACUGCAUCCGAUAUGAGGCACGUUUACCCCAAUGAGAACGAGAAUGCCGAGGGCCAAAUGCCGCAAUUCCCUUUACAACCCUUCGACGCUGGCACAUGGGAGUAUUGUCACAGACCGUCGUCUCAAGACCAGUUUCGUAUAGUACCACAGAGCCUACUGCCCGAGGACCAAAUUUACAGCGCAGCCAGCAGCAAUGAAGCUAGGGCUCACGAUGUCGGCCAUCGAGGCGUUCAGCAGUUCCACGUCUCUGACGUUGAUAAUAAUCCAUGGGUUCCUGGUGGACAACUGAACGAACGUGAAAGCGGAGCCAUGGACCCCGAGCGUUCCGCAACCUCCCAGGUCAUUAGGAGGGUGGCCACGGUCGCCGUUAUAGAUGCUGCCGAAAGGCGACGUACCAACCCGCACAGGUUCUUCUGCCACCACUGUGACAGAGGCUUCACGGCCACGCACAAUUACAAACAGCUCAUUACGGUGAACGUCCGUUCCCUUGCUAUUGCGGCUCGGCCUUCACAACUAGCUCAGACUUGA